AUCAAAACACGUAUGCAAUUAAUCAAUCGUGGUAAAGGGGAAAUGGAGUAUCGUAACAUCUACGAUGCUUUUACGAAAAUUUUGCGAUAUGAAGGCUCGCGUGCGUUGUUCAAAGGUGCAAUAUGUCGGAUGAUGGUCAUGGCUCCUCUUUUCGGUAUUGCACAAAUGGUUUAUUAUACUGGAGUUGCCGAAUUUUUUCUUGGAAUCCCGAAACUUUCGUCCUAA